AAUUUUCCCUAGUUACCCACAUGGAAACAGAUCUUUCUGUGUUUUGAGUUUCGGCGCCCAAUGCGGCGGUGAAAGAGAACUCUGGUGUAUAAGAGACAUUUUGGUUGACUCUAGACCUGCUUUACAGUUUCAAAGUAUCAUAUUUGUGGACAUAGAUUAAAUAUGAAGAUCGAGGAGGUAAAAAGCACCACGAAAACCCAGCGAAUCGCCACACACAGUCAUGUCAAGGGACUCGGACUAGACGAGGCCGGGAAUGCUAAACAGUCAGCAUGCGGGUUAGUCGGCCAGGAGGCUGCGAGAGAGGCUUGUGGUAUCAUUGUCGAGCUGAUCCGAUCAAAGAAAAUGGCUGGAAGGGCAGUGUUACUGGCGGGGCCACCUGGAACAGGAAAGACUGCCCUUGCCUUGGCUGUAGCACAAGAGUUGGGAAACAAGGUGCCUUUCUGCCCCAUGGUGGGCAGUGAAGUCUAUUCAUCUGAGAUUAAAAAAACAGAAGUGCUCAUGGAGAAUUUCAGGAGAGCCAUUGGGCUGCGUAUCAAAGAAACAAAGGAGGUGUAUGAAGGGGAGGUGACAGAGCUGACACCCUGUGAGACUGAAAAUCCCAUGGGUGGCUACGGAAAAACCAUCAGCCACGUCAUCAUCGGGUUGAAGACAGGCAAAGGAACAAAACAACUCAAGCUGGACCCCAGUAUUUAUGAGAGCCUUCAGAAGGAGCGUGUGGAAGUGGGAGAUGUCAUCUACAUUGAAGCCAACAGUGGAGCCGUUAAGAGACAAGGCCGCUGUGACACAUUCGCUACAGAGUUUGACCUGGAGGCAGAGGAAUAUGUGCCACUUCCAAAAGGUGAUGUCCACAAAAAGAAGGAGAUUGUCCAAGAUGUCACACUGCAUGACUUGGAUGUUGCAAAUGCAAGACCUCAGGGAGGCCAGGACAUUCUCUCCAUGAUGGGACAGCUGAUGAAGCCUAAAAAGACCGAAAUCACAGACAAGCUGCGAGCGGAAAUCAACAAGGUGGUGAACCGCUAUAUUGACCAAGGAGUAGCUGAGCUCGUACCGGGUGUGUUGUUCGUGGAUGAGGUGCACAUGCUGGACAUCGAAUGCUUCACUUACCUUCAUCGAGCACUUGAGAGCACCAUUGCCCCCAUCGUUGUGUUCGCCUCUAACAGGGGAAACUGUUUAAUCAGGGGGACAGAGGACAUCAGCUCUCCACAUGGGAUUCCUCUGGACCUGCUGGACAGAGUCAUGAUCAUUCGCACCAUGCUGUACACGCCACAAGAGAUGAAGCAGAUCAUCAAGAUCCGAGCUCAGACUGAGGGGAUCAAUAUUAGCGAGGAAGCUCUUUCACACCUGGCAGAGAUCGGCACCAAGACCACCCUCAGGUACGCGGUGCAGCUGCUUACACCAGCUAGUCUCCUGGGCCGUGUUCAGGGCAAAGAGUCAGUGGAGAGGGAGCAGGUAGAGGAAAUCAACGAGCUGUUCUACGACGCCAAGUCUUCCGCUAAAAUCCUGCAAGACCAGCAUCACAAAUUCAUGAAGUAAAACUGGAUUUCUACUUUAGGGCUGGUGUUCUCAGCUUGUUGUUACAUGCUUCUCUUUGAUUGUCCAUUCUCUUUCUGGCUUUGUUUCUGUGAUUUUCCCAUCUCUCCUCUCUACCAUGGCUCAUUAGAGUUUCUUCACAUCAUUUACUGUGUUAGGUUUGUUCUAAUAAAUUUUAUUCAUUUGCUUUGUU